UGGGAUUUGAAGGCCGCCAUGUUGGCCGCUGUCUGAGCAACGUCACAGAGCAGGGAGAGUGAGAGGAAGGGACGCCGAUAAUCGGCGUCCAUCUGUUGUUCCACCAGCUCGCAGAGGGCCGGUCAGCGCACGGCGAGCACCAUGAGCGGCGGCACUCCGUACAUCGGCAGCAAAAUCAGCCUCAUCUCCAAGGCGGAGAUCCGAUAUGAAGGGAUUCUGUACACCAUCGACACCGAGAACUCCACCGUCGCUUUGGCCAAAGUUCGCUCGUUUGGGACUGAGGAUCGGCCUACGGACAGACCAAUCCCACCACGUGAUGAAGUAUUUGAGUACAUCAUAUUUCGGGGGAGUGAUAUCAAAGACCUCACUGUCUGUGAGCCUCCAAAGCCUCAAUGCUCUCUACCACAGGAUCCUGCCAUUGUUCAGUCUUCACUUGGGUCGUCCUCAAACUCAUCUUUUCAGUCAGUUGGCCCCUAUCCACCAUUCAGCAGAAUGCCAGCGUACAGCCAGUUUGGACCAAGCCCACUUGUGACACAGCAGUACAAUGCUGUGGGUGUUGGAGGCCCCUCGUCUUCUUUCAACAGCAACAAAACCAGCUUUGCGUCACUUACACAGACCAGCUCUCUGGGUUCCACCAUCAAACCCGACACAAGUUCGCUGAAAUUGCACUUAGCUUUUCAGGGGCGAUCAAGUCCAAAACUGGAGUCCUUAAGGAAAAGUCCAACAAUGGAACAGGCAGUGCAGACGCAUACUUCACAAGCACCUGUAGGUAGGAGGAGCCCUGUGUUAACUCGACCUCUUCCAUCAGUCCAGCAUAAACCAGUGGAUACUCAUGAUUCAAGGAAAGUUUUUGAAUCACAGAAAUGUCUGCGGCCAGAGAAUGAUCACUUUAAGAAUGAAAAUCGGGAACCAAACAGGAGGACAUCAGGGGGUCAGAAUGCCCGGCGAGGCCGUGGUGGAAGCCGGGGAAGGGGCAGGUUCGCUGUCAGACGGGACGGCCCAGUUAAGUUCGAGAAAGACUUCGACUUUGAGAGCGCAAAUGCACAAUUUAACAAAGAGGAUAUUGACAGGGAGUUCCAGAAUAAACUGAAAUUAAAAGAUGAUAAGCAGCCAGAUAAAACAGAGAAGGCAAUAAAUGGUGAAGAUAAAGGAGACUCAGGGAUUGAAACACAGAACAGCGAAGGGAAUGCUGAUGAAGAAGACACUUCGGGAUCGAAAUGCUAUUAUGACAAAACCAAAUCAUUUUUUGACAACAUCUCUUGUGAUAAUGCGGCAAGUUACUUUUCUUCCAGGGACCGGAGACCCACUUGGGCCGAGGAGAGGAGGAUAAAUGCGGAAACGUUUGGAAUCCCCCUGCGUCCGAUGCGUGGUCGAGGAGGUUACAGAGGCCGCGGUGGCUACGCAUACAGGGGUGGGAGAGGCCGCGGGGGCAGAGGGAACAAUUAUGGCCCUCCCCGUGGAGGUUACCGUGGAGGAUUUCGAGGCGGACGCGGUGGAGACAGAGAGUUUUCAGAUUUCGAAUACAGGAAGGACAAUAAAGUCGCUGCAUAGUAUACAAGAUGAUGUUCACAAAAGAAGGACUUAAGAUCUACUCGGUCCAGAGAAUUUGUUUAGUUUCAAACUUAUUUUUGACAGCAAGGAUGAAGAAUUGAAUUUGCUGUUCAUCUGUCACCAGCACUGGUAUUUACGUGCUUGACUUCAAAGGGGGAACGCGCAAUAUCUUGUUGUGAAGAAGGUUCGUCUUUCUGAUGUUGAGCAUUAAAUAUUUGUCUUUGAAAUAGAAGGAAGAUUUGUAAAUGUAUACAUGAGACAAAAAAUACAACUAGUACGUUGGAGCUUUCCAGUAUUUUUGCAUUGAUAAUGAGAGCGCUUUCUUAUUACUGAAAAUGUUUGAUAAAAUGCAGUCAGUUGCAAGAAAUACUGUAUGCAGCCGGCCAUCUACUGUGAUUGCAUUCUGACCCGCUGAGAUUCACAGGAAAUUACAUUGAAAGCUUUUAAGAUUUAUUUUUCUUGGUGAAACAGUAAAACAGCUUUAUUGUGCGUAGGACAAAAAUACUCAAACUUAACACACGGCUGUGCUUAUUUUAAAGAGGGGAACGAUUGGAUCAGACAUGUGUCGUGACAUGUUCCUCUGGAGAUGUCUCAUCAUAACCACCCCCUCCCCUCCUCUUGGGAGGGGAUGUUGCAAAUUUCUGCUUUAGGAAGGUGUUCCCCAUAGAAUUUUUUUGAUUUUGAAAAAAAAACGAGGGAAAAAAGUUUAAAAAUUCAUAGUUUUCUUUUAAUUCAGUAAAUUUAGCUAAGGCGCAUAAAGGGAUCCAAAGAGGAAUAAUUUUUGAAAUAAUGUAGAUAUUAUGUGAACAAUUUUUGAACUCCAUUGUUGCAAGUAAUAUAUAGUGUAUGGUUAGUCCCCUGAUAAUGUAUUCCCACAGAUCGAGGUUGAAGGUACAAGAGAAGAAAUUCCUCUACUGUUGUUGUUCAUCUGUCAUCUAUUCCUUCCUACGCUUGCCAUAUAACAAUAAAAGUAACUGUACACUAA